AUGACGCAGACCUUCAACGUUGCAAUCAGCUACCCCUUACCCGCUGAAAUGACGCUCAAGGAUGUCAAACGGGUGAUCCGAAGCUUAGGUGGGACGUUCCACAAACGGGACUUCGCGACGGCUACCGUCUUGUGCAUCUCUAAGGAUCUAUAUCGAGAUCUUUAUCAUACCAGCCUCGAGAUAGAACAGCAGGGAGGGUCUGUUGUCUCCUUCGACUGGCUUGAGGAUUCAUAUCAGGCGGGCUAUUUUCUGGACCCCCUUGAAUAUCACCUUUCUCAAGAACGAUGGGUCCUGUGUGAGGAAGAUGAAGAGAGUAAAGAAGAUGGUGAAGAAGAGAGCGAAGAAGAGAGUGAAGAAGAGAGUGAAGAAGAGAGUGCAGAACAAAGUGAAGAAGAAAGUGAAGAAGAGAGUGAACAAGAGAGUAGAGGAGAGAGUGAAGAAGAGGAAGAGAGUGAGGACGAGAGUGACGAAGAGAGUGAGGGAAGGGAGUCAGGGAAGGUGAGGACGAAAGUGAAGAAGAGGGUGAGGCACAGCGUGUGGAAUACAGUGAUACUAUCGCUGCAUUAUUUGAGAGAGAGCGAGAGUGAGGCACAGCGUAUGGAAUACUGUGGUCAUAUCGCUGUCUUACUCGGUAGUUUCGACAUUCUCUUGAUGAAAGAGGUCGAAAAAGAGAUGGAAGGCAAGAGUGAGGCAGAAGUUGAGGAAGAGAGUGAGGAGAGUGAGGAAGAAACGACUGCUACUCGAUUCGACCCCAGAAGGCCUUUGUAUAACUGUGGCAUUGUCAUAGCCGACAAGUCCCCCUAUCUGACCCAGGCGCAGCUCGUGGAAGAAGUUGGUCAUCUUGGAGGGGUAUUAUUACCUAGUAUUUCGACGGAUACUACUCAUCUUGUGGCCUCACCAGCGAUUUACAACAAGCUCCCACAAGCUGUCUUCUCGCGGUUCCCCAACGUCUCCUUUGUCAACCAUGAUUGGCUAGACGCCUGCUCGCAACAGGGGUCUCUAGUAGACGUUGGUCCGUACAUACACGACAGACUGGAUGAAGACGAGAGCGAAGAGGAGGAUGAAGACGAGAAAAAAGACGAGAAAAAAGACGAGAGCGAAGACCAGAGCGAAGACGAGGAUGAAGACGAGAAAAAGGACGAGGAUGAAGACGAGGGCGAAGACACAGACAACCCGAGUUGUGAUUCUAGAGAAAAGAUUAGCUGA